CUUUCAUUAAAUUCCUGUGGUCGCCAUUAAUUAAUAUCCCUUUGAAGAUUCUUUGUUCUUAUACGCUUUAUUGCUGAAAGACUUACUACAUACUUAUAAAUCCUAGUCCACAUUGAGAUAAACAAUUAAUUUCCUGAUUCUCCCAUUACCAAAAUAUGUUAAAAGUCGCCCAUUAACUCAUACUAGUUCACACUCAAUCUUUGAGAUUGGCCCUCCAUUUCGCAGUAUAAAUACACCCCACCACAUAGCAUGACACAUAGCUUAAUAUAGAGCUAGAGUUAUAGUGCAUUCACCCGUAACAUCUCUUCCUAAUAGUACUCGAAGCAUCUAGCAAACAUUUAACCAAUUGACAAUGUCUAAAGCUAGUACCAGUUUUUUCUUCAUCUUCCUUGUCCUCUGUUUUACCCUGUCAUAUGCUUCUCGACCCGAGCCAGCUUUUCACGAGGCCACCCUCAACAAGAUUGAUCAACACCAGGAUAUUGUGGAAUCAAAACAAGUUGCAACUGAAGAGAGCUGCAAAGGAGGCCAGGAUGAAGAAUGCUUAGAAAGAAGGAAUUUAGCUGCUCACCUUGAUUAUAUCUAUACCCAAAAUCAGAACCCCUAGAAGUGUUCCAUACCAAGGGACCUAGCUAGUUUGCCAUUGAUACAUGAAAAGUAUUGAAUCUAAUGAUAGGAUGAGGCAGCCAUAUAUCACAAAUUAGCCUUCACUAGCGCUGUGCUUCUGGUUGAUUUGCCCUGUACGUUAAAAUGUAAUUGCACACAAAGCUUCCUCUUCCAUACCACAUGCUUCAUUCUUGCGACUUGGCUCACUGAUCUUUGAAACAAAAAUAUGAUAUUCUCUUCAUUUUGCUCUA